CCUUUUGUUUGAUUUCUCAUGUUGUCUUUCCGUUCCUGUCUGACAAAUUCUUUUCAAUACAAAAAUGGCUGCUGUGCAACCAAAUUUAUCAAAAAUGAUUUCGGCGCAGCUACGCAAUAAAGCAAAUGAGUUUUUAACUUCCAGGAAACAUGCCAAUAAUCUUGCCGAUAUCCUUCAGAUGUUUGAGGCUGAGACGGACAAUUAUACACCUUUGCUGCUCACUGUAGAAGUGAUCUUUACUGAGCUAUUGAGACGAGGUGAUUUGAUAGAAGGAAUCGUUCCCCUCAAGCCAGCAGACCGGAGCCCCGAAGCAGAAUACACGCGAUGGCUGCGCGAGUGCUUCGAGGCAGCUCAGACACGGGCGCUGGAGUGCAUCCGUCGUGGUCGCACCAGCUCCCGGCUCCAGGCCCUCGUGACUGCCUGCAAGCUGAUGCAGGCUGAGGGGAAACAUCCUCUGGAAACUUCUAAUGGGUACUACUUCCCGUCGCUUAGACUCAAGAAUAUAUUCAGCGUUUUGCUGGACUCUGAGAUAUCGAUGUCGGCGCCCAUCGCUCGCUUCCAGGAGUUCACAGAGUACAGGGAUGUGCAACAGUAUGGACUCAAAGUGCUCUCCACGCUCGCUUAUCGCAAGUCACCAACAUCAGUAUACAUGCAGAACUACUUGGAACUCCUUGACAAGCUGCUUGUGUGCGAGAUAGCAACGGAAACAAAGACCAAGGGCAAAGAGCGUGACAAUGACGAGAAGGAAGAAAAACUACUGUGUGGUACUGAAGAUAAGGCCCCAUUCCCGUACAACCCGGGCGUCUGCCGUCGCUACGCGAACCGGUGCUGGGGCUUCGCGUGCCAGUGGCCGCUGUGCUCGGACUCACGCACCCACCGCCGCGCGCUGCUGCUGCUGGUGGAGCGACUCAUGCCGCUGCUCACCCGCCCCCACCUCGCCACUGACAUGCUGUGUGACAGCCUGGAUGCUGGAGGCCCCAUCAGCAUGCUAGCGCUGCAAGGAGUCCUAGAGCUGGUUCGGCGUCACAACAUCGACUACCCGGAUAUGUACGACCGGCUGUACGCCAUGUUCGAGCCGGAGAUGUUCGCCACCCGGUACAAGCGCAGGCUCAUGCAUCUGGCUGACAUCUUCCUUAGUUCCACUCACUUACCGGAGGGCCUGGUGGCGGCGUUCGCGAAGCGCCUGUCCCGGCUGUCGCUGGUGGCGGCGCCCGAGGACGCGGUGGGGCUGCUGCAGCUGGUGGCCAACCUGCUGCUGCGCCACCCCGCGCUCAAGCGCAUGAUCUGUCUCGAGGACACGCCUGCUAUCAUGUCAAACGACCCAUACGUGAUGGAAGAGACGUGCGCGAGUGGGUCCCGCGCGCUGGGCUCGUCGCUGUGGGAGGUGGUAGCGCUGCAGCGCCACGCAGCGCCCGCGCUGUCCGCUGCCGCCGCCACCGUGCUCGCUGCAGCCGCUGCGAGGACACAGCCACAUGCGCUCGCACCGCCUGAUGCUGCACAGUCGUUCGACGCGGAACUAAAGAAGAGGUUCAAGACGAUAGAGAUGAACUUCGUGCGGCCACAAGGCAUGAGCACGCCGUCUGGCGAGCGAGUGAUGCAGUACUGGGAGCUGAUGGCCUGAACUCCGCAGUAAGCUCCGCUGCUCUCUCGCAUUUACACCCUACGCGCGGCAGGACGCCGACGUUACCGGUCUACCGUCGGUCGGACCAACUCCUGCCGCCUGUAGGGUCAGGCCCGGUUGCUUGCAAAGUUUUGUUGAUAUCAGAGUUGUAUCAGUAGAUUAUUGUUAGAUAGUAAUUAUUAUUGUGUCUGGUUAUUUGAAGUAUUUUACGAGUAUUGCUUUACAACUCUGUUUAGACUUAGCUUUUGACAUAUUUAUAUUCCCCCAAACUAACUUUGAUUAUGUUAGGACGACACGUUGCAACACUUCCGUAGUUCAAACGGAUCGCCUAAACAGCUGUUUUUGAAAUAUGUAGAUAUUUUGGUCUUCCCGCAACCGCAGUCAAAAUUGCAUGAUCGACACUGUUAUUGAUCAUUCAAUUUCGAUAUAAACACACAGGUAUCACUGCAUUUUACAGCAAAGUGUACACCUAUAGAACGUAGCUGUAAUGAAUAUUAGGCCUAGCUGUGUAGCCAUUUUGUUCCGCUUCACCCUUAUUUAAAAAUAUUACUAACAAAAGUUAACUGUUGAGGAUAAUGACUACGGUGUAAGAAUUAGCUCUUUAUACAAUUUAAUUUAUGAUAUACAAGGAUCCUAUUUGGUAUUUGGUAGCGUUUUAAAAGUAUUGCCAGUGAAAGCGAUUCCACUUCCUAAACUAAAGAUAACACAAGAUAUUGAUAUAAUGAUAAAGUCGAUAGUUGUAAGGUUUUGAAUAAAUUUUGCACUCUAAUGUUAACGUUGUAACUUAGGAGACUUUGUUGUACUUUCGUUAUAAUUUUAUUUUUUUACGAACGACUUGAACGUCUGUGAUUGUUGGGCCUGGCGUCGGUAGUCAGCUUUAAGAUGGACUUUAUUUAUUUAUAAUAGUUUGUAAACGUAUUUAGUCAAAUAUAACGUUAUUUCAAUGUCCAGUUGGAUAUUUAGGAGUUUUAACUUUAGUGUAAAGAAUUCUAAUCGUUUAAAAAUUAAGUAAAUUAUGUCUGAUAUAGUUUAUGUUUAAGUAAUAAACUAACUUAUUAUGUAUAGUGUUUGCUGUAAGCUAACUACCGACAUCUGGGUGCGUGAGUUAUGCGCCGGUAUAAAGCGUCCUCCAGACUACUCGCGAAGUUGGCUGAGGUUAGGCGAACACGAGGAUUGUGGAGGGGCGCUUAGGCUUACUUGGGCCAACUUUACCGUGUACCCAGGAACUUCGCGAGUAGUGUGAAAGAUUCUUACGUAUGCCGUCGUAUGACAAGCGCAUAGUUCGUUAUAGAAUAGUAAGUGAAUGACGCGUGUCAGGGUGGACUAACGAAAAUAUAUAGAUUAGUAUUUAUUUCUAAAUUGUUUGUCAUGACAAAGGGUGAGGAUCGAAAUUGAUGUAUGUAUUUUUGUUUGCGUUGUUUGUAACGGAAAUUAAAGUUAGAUUUCUGAUGAGGGAAAAUAUAGUUAAAAUUAUGUCAUUUAUCGUUUGCAAAAAUUUUGAGCGAUCGAUAUAGAUAUCAAAAUUAUAAUAUAUCGAUAUUUUAUCGAGUCGAAAAUUCCCUGAAACUGUAUCUACACACCCGUUAGAAACAACGCAAAUAAACACGGUAAUACAGGGAAGUUUUGCUACUAAUUUCCAAGUAGCAACACGUUGACACGCCCAUUUCACUAGGUCAAGCCGACAUCGAUAUGUCUGAAGCACGGAGUAAGGUGAGAUGAGCGGAGAUGCCAUAAUGAAGGUAGGUCAGGCACCUUCUAGGUCCAAAUAUGUACGGUGGGCACGACCAAAACGAGUUAUGAGUGAACUAACGAGACGUUUGGGUUUUUGAGAUGGUUAACGAUUUUUGGUAUAACAAAAAAUGUUCGGGUCGGUUUCUUAGAAGAUGAUCCAUUAUGGCACCUCCGCUAUUCUUUUGUUCUCCAUGGUCUGUAGGUACACAGUCGCGUCUUCCCAGCACUAACAUUACCUUAGUUUUCAUUCCAAGGCGAAUAUUUUCUUCCUAGUGUUGAUUAAGGUUUCAUGUUGAAUAGGAAUUUAUUUUGUUAUAAUGUUAUUUUUUAAUUGGACAGCUCUGAUCGUGGCUGUGGUGAAGUUUAAAAUGUUAAUUAUUUUAUUAGGAGUAUUUUAUGAUUCGUGAAUGAGCUGUUGAAACCGUCGAAAUGGGUUUGGACCAAGUUUGUAUGACAAAGUACUCGAAUAAAAUCGAAAGAUUAGUUAUUGAAUUUUCACCACAAACUCGUGACGGAGCUUAUGUAUAUUGUCUGAUAUCAUGUUAUUGCGAUCAACUGUAUCAGGUAUAGUGACAAGCAACCGCCAUAUUUAUUUAACUUUAUUGUUAUAAUUAGUUAUUUGACAAGCCUCGCAGACUUGGGCGCGGUUGGCUUUCCGUUAUUAUAUGAAAGAUAGGUCAGAAUAUACACAAUAUAUCGAUAGAUGAUUGAAAAUAUAAUGUCGAUAUGGGUCGUAACUUUUAUCGAUAUAAAUGUAUCCAUCCCCACAUUAUAAUGCCCUCUACUUACCAUUAUAGUCAAUUAAAUUGACAUAACAUAAUGACCAUUUUUUCUGCCUACCGAACUUCUAAAUAAUAUUGGCCAGUGAUUAUAUACAUAUAAAUAAGUAUACACUUAGUGCAAUAUUGUUCGGAACAUUUUGUACGUUUUUACAAUAUUCUAGUCUGGUGUUUAAAAAUAAGUCAAAACUCGCGAUAUGAAAAACAGCGAUGAUUAUAUGUGAUUGUUUUCUUAUUAUUUU